AUGAACCCAGCUUUCUCAAAGAACUUCACAAGUGUGAAUCUGCGAAACACCAACAAGAAGCUGAACGCAACUGCCAGAGUCGACGCCAUCAUCGCCGAAAACCCAGGCAAAACCCUCGAAGAGCUCGUGGCCCUCAAGAAAAUCAACGCAGACCAGAAAGCCCAGGCCCUCAAGAAGCCUGCCCUCCAGGAAACCGUUGCCCAUAUCGAAGAGCAAAUCGCUCAAUACAAACAGCUCGAAGCGUACUACGAAGAGCAACAAGCCAAGGAAAAGACAAAGCUCGAAACGCAGCAUAAAGAGGAGCUUGAAUCUCUGAAGAAGUCCCUCGUGGUCGAGACAGAGCAGAAUGGCGAGAAACGGUUCAAGGAACGGUUGCUGGUGCUUAGCCGUUUCUUACGCGCGGCUGCAGCUAUGAGGGGUGUUGCUGAUGAGCAUUCUGUCGAGGGCCGUGGAUUCGAGGGCUCCCUGUAUCAGGUCUACGGCGGAACAGAGCAGGCGGUCGAAGCCAUGAUCAAAUUGAUUGAUGGCGCGGAAGAGAAGGUUCCAAGCGUUGAGUCUGAGCUCCUCGACAUCACAUACGCACAAAUCAAACGAACUUCUCUCGAGUACAUCCAACCCACACCCGAGGCCGCCUGGACGGAGGAGCAAACUACGGCUGCUACCACUACCGCUAGCGCUCUCCAAACUGACCCAACAGUCGCCAAUGCCGGUCUGACCGAAGCCCAAGACCCUUCUGUCUCGCAGGCCGCAGCCACAAACGGUUUCCAAUCCGCCGCUCCACCACACGCUGAAGAGCCAGUUCCCGCACAAGCAACCACCCAGAAUGUCGCAGCUAACGAACUCGCACAGGCUAGGUCAGGAGCACCUGGCUGGGACUCAAACUCCAUGACCGCCUCCGCCGUGACAGAGGAAUGGGUCAACGUCCAAAUCCCGGCGGCUGAAACCGCUCCUCCGGCCUCUGCCGCUCCUGAGACCGCUUCCCGGCCACCACUCCAAACCACCGAUAGUUGGGCAGAGGAUGUUCCAGCUGCAGCUGCAUCUACUGACCCCACCAAGCAGCCAGUUGACGGCUUCGAGCGUGUCCACCACACUCGCGGACGCGGAAGGGGAUACCGCGGUCGUGGCCAGGGCCAGCGUGGUGGCGGCGAGCACCGUGGUCGUGGCGGCUUUAACCGUGGCGGAGGAGAGUUCCGUGGCCGUGGACGCGGUCGUGGUGGUGAAUAUCGAGGAAACGGAAACGGCAACGGACAUCGUGGACGACCAGCCCAGGCUACAGCUGCCCCUGCCGCGGCCGGUGAUGCGUAA